UUUCUGUAUAUAUUUGUGAUUGACUUCAAACAACCAAAUAUAAAACAAAAUUUGUUUCAAAUUGAAUAAAUGGUGUUACACUAUUUAGAUUUCUCUAAAUGGGAGUAAAAGAAGCGGACCUAGAGGAACAGUGGGAUCUGCUAAAAUUACUGCCAAUAUAUCAAGUGGUCGUCUUGUAAGUAGGAAAUUUGGCCAUAUGGUGGUGGAAACUGAUGGAUGCUGUGUCGGACUGGCCCAGUGGGACACCGGGAAAAAACCCGGUGGGCCAGACCCCCCUCUCCUAUUUACAUUUUGGAGGAAAAAAAAGUUUUUGUUGAUGCGCAACGCCUUCUGCGCAUGUUCACCGAGCGACGCAUUCACACAGUCGCGCCAAGCUUGGCACGUCGCAGUAGGGGGUCCUGGACCAGCGGUCCCGGUGGGCUACGGCCCCCCCCCCAGUCUGAACCUGAUUGGAUGUAAAGAACUGACUGCAUGUAUCACUACUACUAAAGGAGAAUUUAAAGGGAAACUACACCUGAGUGAACAUUUUUAACACCAGGUGCUUUCACAAUAUUGAAACGUGCUGCACUGAUUGAUUUUGGCUUUCUGGUUUCUCCGUUGCUGUACGCGCUGAUUCUAUCUUUGUUUUGGAAUUGGAUACGGCUGAGAGACUGUGGAAAGAUCGGUAGGAGAGAGUAAACCUAAAGGACUGCCUUUUAAAACAGUUUUCUUUCAAUCUUAUGAUAUGGAUGUCACAUUUAAUGAAGCUAAUGUGCGUAUAUGCUUCCUGUAGUGUCUAAAAGUCUUGCGGAACCCUCUCUGCGCAAGCGCAGCUCUAAAAACACUCUCAAACGCAAAAUACCAACUUUAGCUGUGCAACAAAAGCCCCGCCUUUGCUUCGCUUUCAAGCCCCACCCCUUGCGUUACGUACGCUCUGUGUCUGAUUUCCCCGGACUGACAGGAAGAGACUGGGUGCUGCUGCGUUUUACGAGGCGCUGUCAUGGUAGCGGCCUGGGAAUUGUGGAUGUUUAUCAGGCAGCGAUUCCGGAUGGGGACCCUGCGGGAAAUGUGCAGGCAGUACCCGCUGUCCUGCUUCAUAGUUCUCUUCUUUAUGCUGGCCACCAUGCUGCUGAAAAGAUAUAUCCACGUUCUUAUGAUCUUCUGGUCAUUUCUUGCUGGUGUUGUUACAUUCUACUGUUUAUUGGGCCCUGAAUCCCUCCUUCCAAAUAUACUGUUUAACAUAAAGUUCAAGCCAAAGCUGGAACUGCAGGAGCUUUUUCCGCAAGGUCACAGUUGUGCUGUGUGUGGUAAAGUUAAGUGCAAAAGGCACAGGCCUACCCUUCAGCUGGAAAACUACCAGCCGUGGUUGAAUCUGAAGGUACCUUCAAAGGUUGAUGCAUCACUGUCAGAGGUAUUUGAAUUAGUGCUUGAAAACUUUAUUUACCCCUGGUAUCGGGAUAUUACUGAAGACGAGUCAUUUGUAGAUGAAUUGAGACUGUCAUUGCGCUUCUUUGCAUCUGUGCUUGUUCGAAGAAUACAGAAGGUGGAUAUCCCAUCUGUUAUUACACAAAAAUUGUUGAAAGCUGCUAUGAAGCAUAUUGAACUAAUUGCAAAAGCGAGGCAAAAAGUGAAAAACUCAGAGUAUCUGCAGCAGGCUGCCUUAGAGGAAUAUGGGCCGGAUCUUCAUGUUGCCUUAAGAAGCAGGAGAGAUGAGUUAUUCUACCUCAGAAAACUUACAGAACUUCUGUUCCCUUUUAUUUUGCCUCCAAAAUCAACUGACAGUAGACCUCUAACUUUGUUGGUAAGAGAAAUUCUGUCCGGUUCUGUGUUCCUGCCAUCCAUGGACUUCCUUGCUGACCCAGAUACUGUGAACAAAUUACUUCUCAUUUUCAUGGAUGAUAGUCCCCCUGAGCAAGCAACUGAGCCUACAUCAAGCUUGAUUCCCUUUCUACAAAAAUUUGCAGAGCCUAGAAGCAAGAAUCCAUCCGUUCUGAAAAUGGAACUGCAAGAAAUCAGAAAAGAGCAAGAUCUUUUAUUUCGGUUUAUGAAUUUCCUGAAGCAAGAGGGAGCAGUGCACGUAUUGCAGUUUUGUCUUACAGUAGAGGAAUUUAAUGACAAGAUUUUAAGACCAGAGAUUAAUGAUGAGGAAUUGCAGGCACUUCAUAAAGAGGUUCUGAAAAUUUACGUGACUUAUUGCCUGGAAGAAAGUAUUGAUAAAAUUCGUUUUGAUCCUUUCAUUGUGGAAGAAAUAAAAAAAAUUGCUGAAGGCCCAUAUAAAGAAGUAGUGAAGCUACAAACCAUGUGUUGCCUUUUUGAAGCCUAUGAACAUGUACUUUCCCUUCUGGAGAAUGUUUUUACUCCGAUGUUUUGUCACAGUGAUGAGUAUUUUAGACAACUUCUGGAAGGUGCAGAGUCUCCUACACGUAGCUCAAAAUUUAACAGAAAUAGCCUGAGUUUGGAGGAUAUCCGGAACACCCAAAAAAAGGGCGAGCCAUCUGGGAUUGGUAAAAUAGGCCAUAAAAUUAAAGGCGUAUUUAAGAGCACAACGAUGGAAGGUGCUAUGCUUCCCAAUUAUGGAAUGGUGGAAGGUGAGGAGGAUGUGAUUGAGGAAGCGAUCAUGGUACUAGAGGAUGACUCCCCAGUUGAAGCUAUGAGUGCAAGCACACCAAACACACCACGCAAUCUAUCAGCCUGGAAAAUUAGUAUUCCAUAUGUGGACUUUUUCGAAGAUACUAACUUUGAAAAGAAGGACAGAAAAGAACGAAUCCCUGUUUUCUGUAUUGAUGUGGAAAGAAAUGACAGGAAAGCAGUUGGUCAUGAACCUGAACAUUGGUCGGUUUACAGAAAAUACAUUGAGUUUUAUGUUCUUGAGUCCAAGCUCACUGAAUUCCAUGGUACUUUUCCUGAUGCUCAGCUACCGUCAAAAAGAAUAAUUGGACCAAAAAAUUAUGAAUUUUUAAAGUCAAAACGAGAAGAAUUUCAAGAAUAUCUACAGAAUCUUUUGCAGCAUCCUGAACUUAGUAACAGCCAAUUGCUGGCAGAUUUCUUAUCCCCUAAUAGUUUGGAAACUCAGUUUCAUGACAAAAUCCUACCAGAUGUGAACUUGGGAAAAAUGAUCAAGUCAGUUCCUGGAAAACUCAUUAAAGAAAAAGGGCAACAUCUGGAGCUGUUUAUAAUGAAUUUCAUAAACUCAUGUGAAUCACCCAAACCCAAACCAAGUAGGCCUGAACUGACUAUUCUAAGCCCGACUUCAGAAAACAAUAAAAAGCUUUUUAAUGAUCUGUACAAGAAUAAUGCUAAUCGCUCUGAAAAUACAGAAAGGAAGCAUAACCAGAAUUACUUUAUGGAAGUGAUGACCGUAGAGGGUGUUUAUGACUAUUUAAUGUAUAUAGGACGUGUUGUUUUUCACAUUCCUGAUUGGUUUCAUCAUCUUUUGAUGGGUGGACGAAUCCUCUUUAAACAUACCCUCGAGACUUACACAAAUAGCUAUUUAAACUAUAAAUUAGAACGCCUCUUUCAAGAGCAUCGCUUGGUUUCUUUGAUUACUCUGCUUAGAGAUGCUAUAUUUUGUGAAACCGCUGAACCACGAUCAUUACAUCUGAAGCAGCAAAGGGCAAAGCUUACAUUUGAAGAAAUGAUGCGCUAUAUUCCAGAUUUGAUUGGUAAAUGUAUUGGUGAUGAAGCUAAAUAUGAAGGCAUCCGACUUCUGUUUGAUGGACUGCAGCAACCUGUGCUGAACAAACAACUGUCGUACGUUCUACUAGAUAUUGUUAUUCAGGAACUUUUCCCAGAGCUGAGUAAGUUACAGAAGGAAGCGUCUUCAACGCCCUCCUGGAUUUAAAAAAUUUGCGCUGAAUGCAAAGUCCCACACUUACAAUGUAAUUAUGUAGAUAUACCUUGCUUUUACUUAUUUGCAACUCUGUGUCAUAAAAUGACCAUAUCUUUGUAAAGUUAUCUGUAAAUGUUUGCACAGUAAAACGUAAAAACUUUUGAUCUGUGAAUACAGAGAAUAAAAAAAAUUUGUGACCAA